UUUUAAAAAAUUCGAAAAUAUUCAAAAAUUCCAAGCGACAAUUUAGUCCAAUCUAAUUCAAAAUUGAAACAACUUUGUUUUAUGAAGGCUAUAAAAACAAAAAUACAAUUUUUGAACUGUGAUUUUGGGAAAUGGACCCUCCAGAUGCCCGAUUUAGUCCAAUAGAAAUGUCUUGGUGCUCUUGGAAAAUAAUCCAUUUCCGGGCUCCCUGGCCUGCCCCUCAUUAGCUCAGAUAAACCUGAAUUAAAAAUAGAUAAGAGCAACUCGCGAAAUAACUCUAGGAAAUACCCGGCCAUGCGCUCUCGCAACUCGGUCACACAUUAUUCACUUUCGAAAUGGCCUCGGCUGUAACCCGAAUCGUCCACAGGUGCGAAGACGCACAAGAAUCGCAAAACCUAGAUCUCUCGAAUUGCCAGUUGAUGCAAGUCCCUGACGCCGUGUACCAUCUUAUGCGACACACCGAACUGAAAACCUGUGAUUUAAGUGAUAAUGUGAUUACGAAAAUACCUCCAAAAUUCGCUGUCAAGUUCAGUUCGAUAACGGAUUUGAACUUAUCACAUAACCAAAUGGCAAAAUUGCCGGACGAAAUCGCCGAUUUAGGGGCGCUGGAACGGCUGGAUAUCUCACACAACACCUUUAUUUCCUUGCCCAAUUGUAUAUUUAAAAUCACGAAAUUGCAACAGUUGAAAGCCAGUAAUAACCACAUAAUUGAUUUCGAUGUGGAGUGUAUGGAAAGAGCCCCCUCGUUAGAAACGGUAGAUCUAAGUAAAAAUCCUUUAUCUCCGCGAUGCCACGACCAGUGUUCGGCGAUAUCCAGGAUCAGGAUAACGCUGACACACAGAGAGAAAGAGGACUGGGAAGAUCUCACCGUUUAGCCAAUCAGAAUGGUGGCUUUUCACUGCCUGUGCUAAUCAAAAUGUUUCAAUUUCGGGUUGGGACACGUGCAAUAUUCAUCCUGUGAAAAAUUUGAGACAUUUCUGAUUGCUCUUGGUAGCUCAAUCCCAAAGCAGGGUGCUAAACCUACGCCUGUUAGUCUAAUUUAAAUAAAGUAUUUGUAUUUUUUAUAAUUGAUAUUGUAGUUGAGACGUACUAAUGACGAGACGGUGAGUUCUGAUCUGAGUAGCUUUAUUUUAUUCUAUUCUUUCGAUCAAGGUCGAAUUCACGGUUUCGCAGAUGUGUGUAAUUAUUUUGUACUGACACUGUGUUGUUUAUAUUAUUGUAUAUUUAUAAUUAAUUCAACUUGAUUUUGUACUUAUUUGACAGUUUGGCGAUUUCAUCUAGUCAUGUUGUGAUAGGGACGCGCUAGGGUCCUUUGUAGUGUCUAGAUGUGUCCAAAUGAAGAAAAAAGUGUCAAAUAAAUCAACAAACACGAAAAAA